AUGGAAAACGCACAAGGUGAUCAAAACCGUGCUUCAAAGUCAGAUUACGUCUUUUCCCUGUCUCCUCGUCCUGAACAAGAGGACGAGAAUGACUGGGAACGUUAUUCCGAGAACAUGCGACCAACGAGGCGCGGCCGAAGAGUCGAAGCUCUUCAGCGGGUUAAAAGAACGUCGAGUGAUAUAUAAUAAAUUGAAUUUUAGGUAGAAACGGUAGUUGACGAAGAUGAAGCGAGAAGAAAGUUGGAAGAGGUGUUGGAGAACAGCACAGUAGAAGGUUGCGAUGCGUUAAAUUUGGCGUUGGAGUUUUGUACCUGGUUUGAGAACCAUUUCACUAUCGGGCAUCAUCGACUUUAUUACCAGUUUCUUUGGAAGAUUGUGGCACAGUAAGCUGAAAAAAUCUUUUUUGUCAAUAACUCAGAAUUUUUAGGCCAGGAUUCAUAGAGAAAUAUCGCGAAGACGAGCGAAUGCUGAAAAUUUGGGAAAAGUUGGCGGACAACAGCGGCGGCCACGCAAGGGAUAUCUAUCACUAUGCGGUCAGCCAUAAAUCGUUGAUAAGGUUUUUUUCGAUACUUGUAGGAGUAAAAGUUCAGUAAAACAAGUUUUCAGAUGUGCUUCGAUGUAUGUCCGCUGGUCACAGUGCAAUGAGUUGGCUGGAGCUCGAGUCGAAGCUCGGAGAGUUCUUUUAUUGGCUAAAACCAAUGCGGCUGUGCCUCUGGAGGUUUAAAACGGUCUUCAAUAAUGAAAAGGGCACUGGUCGGGAACGUGUCAGGGUUUUGGCAUUUUUGCCCUUUGAAUGGAAAAAUGAUUGUUUAGACGCGUUGUUGUUAUUUUUAUGAUAUUAAUUAGCAUCCUUGCUUUUUGAAGCGGUUUCAAGUAAUUCGGCCAAAGUUUUUUUUAGCACCAUAUUCAAAUGAAAAAAAAAUUAUUAUGGUUCAGUUUUAUGCGCUAGGUAUCGCUUAAAAAUAAUCAUCAUAAUAAGAAAAAGAAAAAAUAAAAGUGAGAAGGCGAAAUUUUAGCCUGGAUGGAAAAAAAAAAGGAAAAAUAGGAAGAAAGACUCCCAGCACUUCUCCGCUUGAAGCGCGUCCAGUGCCUGAUGAUAAAAAAAUCAGCUCGAUAGCGAUUGGAAAAAUUGAAAAAGAGGUAGAUGAAAUAAUAUAUAAAUUUUUUUUGGUUUUGAAGUUCAAGGUCUCACAAACUUUGAUCGAAAUAUAUCAAGUAGUGACAAAAAAUUAUGAAAAACUAUUCGAGAUGCUCAAAUGGCUUACUGGGGAAUGUUUUUUUGAGUUGUGGUGCAAUCAGGAGGUCCUAGAAUACAUUUCAGCAAAUUCCAUCGAAGGUUCAACCGGGAGGUAGAAAACGUUCCUUUCACAUCUUAACAAUUUUUUUUUUCUGUGUUGUUGUAAGUUUGAAUACAUACUUCAAGCAACUGCGAAAUAGAAAAAUUUACUAGAGGUUCAGUCAUUGAGAACAUUUUUUUUUUGUAAAAUCAACUUCAAACAUUAUUUUGAAACUAAUUUCUCAUCGUAAGAUCAGAUAGUUGAAAAAGAUCCCUAGAAGCCUUCAAUAAUUGGAAUUUCUUCUUGUACUCAUUUUUCUGAAAGAAAAAAAAAUGUCUUGCAAUUAUUAACAAUGUCAUAUUAGUAACUGGAUUUUUAGGCGAUAAACGACGCCGAAGACGCUCUGGAGAUGAGAGAAAUGCGGCGAGAAAUGGAAGAACGUUCCGAUGGCGAGGAAGAUGAUUUGGAAGAACACCGCGUCGCGUUCACGCAGUUGACCAGUUCGUUUACAUUAAAAUUGAGAAAAGCUGAUUCUUCAUUUCAUUUGGAUCAGUUUUUCAGAAGAAAAUUCGACAAAAUAAUUUUUCAGCCAAAAACAUUUCAUUUUCCCUCAAAAAAUUGACAAUUUUCAGCGAUUGGCGAUGGUCCAGAAGUGCCAAUCGUCCGGCUGCCCUCCAUUGCUGCGGAUCCCCACCAAAAGUCGCUCAAACUCAACUCGGCACGAAAAAAUUCUCCGAAAAUACAAGGAAAUCUGCACCCGUUCGAGGUAGUUAUUGAAGGAAAUUAAUUAUUUUUAUCAACUUCUCAUUUCGAAAUUGAAGGUCUGUGACCGCGCCAACGCCGACGACGACAAUUACUUGAUGUCGGUACACGAUUUGAACGUCCACAUUGAAAGAUACGGUAUCAAGGAUACUGUAAACACCAGAAUCAACCAGGAUCCAUCCGUACGUUUCACCAAACAAAGUUCAGAAAAAGAUAAUCUUUCAGACAUCAACUAGCACAAAAAUCAAGCCGAUCCCUUCAGGGACCUCUUAUGAGGUCUGGACGCUAGAUGACAAGGAAAACGUGCCGCCAGGAGGCCUUGGACCAAAAAAGCCGAGGAUCGUCAUCAAACAAGUCUUCAAGCAGAUGUCUUUUGAGGUACGAGAAUUCAUUGAACUUUACAAAAAUGGUCAAGCACAAAAAUUUAUGAAAAAAGUAUGAAGUAGGAGUUUCAGAGAAAGAAAGCCUAAAAGAUUGAAAAAUUUGAGCUCGAAAUGGGCUUUCAUCGGUAGAAUACGACAGGAAUGAAUGACUUGAAAAAUAAAGUUUCAAAAAAAUAUACGAAGAUAUAGAGACAGUGCAGAAUAGGGAAUUAUAGCUCGAAACAUUUAUUCGAUGAGAAACACAUAAAAAGCCAUGAUUACAGUGUGACAGCGGAAUAAAAAAAAUAGAAAAGUAGAUGGGCCGCGAAGUUAGUCGCACGUGGAAUGGCUCCGUAGCGGUUAGCCCGAUCUGAAUGCAACUUUCCCGAAUAGACACGCUUGAAAGGCAAGCCUGGACUGCGACGCGUUGAACCAUUCUACAUGCGACCAGAACGUUUCAAGUCGUAGUGAAUGAUACUCUGAAAGAAAAAGAAGGAAUGCAGUCUAGACUUCUGAGGUAGUUAUCGUGAAGGGUCUUGAUUGUCUAUAAAAGAUUCGAAAAGUUCUCUUCAAUCUUCUAAUGUCUCCAGGAAUACAUGGCUCAAAACGUGGCGGCCGGCUUGGAGAGAUUCGUUGGCCGUAUCAAUUUCGAUGAGGACAUUUGA